UCAAGUGACCAGGGGAGAACAGGCCUUGUGCCCCUCACAGGAAUACCCUGUCCCUCACGGUCUGAGUGGUGGGCUACCGUGGUGCCUUCUGUGACCAGCGCUUUGUGACGUGCCCUUCGUGACCCACCAUGUUGCCCUUAGCGACGUUCUCGUCGUGACCCACCAUGCUGCCCUUAGUGACACGCCCUCUCUGACCCACCAUGGUGCCCUUAGUGACGUGCCCUUUAUGACCUACCAUGGUGCCCUCAGUGACGUUCCCUUUCUGACCCACCAUGGUGCCCUUUGUGACGUGCCCUAGGUGACCCCCCAGGCCACCGUAUAAAAGGCAACGGGUCAUACCGCUCAUGCCAGUGUCCGGCAGGACAGUGACGGGACAGAGCAGGAGCGCAAGGCUGGCGCAGACCCCUGAGCGCAGCCCACGUUGUUCCCCGCUGCCCCAGCAGCCCUGCGGUGCCGAGACACUUCUUGGAACAUUCUUCGUUCCCCGCGCUACACCUUUGCCUUGUCUGAUGAGGAUGGCGGAGGGACACGCUGCAUCCAUGCAGUUCAUCCAGACUUUUCUGGAGAGCUCAGCGAAGGAGGAGGCUCAGAAGAUUCGGUUCCUGCAGACCGUCUCCACCCUGAGCAAGGAUGCCAGAGAUGAGGGCUUCACACAGGAACUGAAGGAGUUCUACCACCGAUUUCAGGUGGCAAAGAACAUCGAGGCGCUGGUGGAAGAGGAGCCCGUGGACCACCUGCACACGGCCGUGCGGCAGCAAGCCAUGCUUGCCCUCGCCCAUAUGAGCAAAGCGGAGAUGGCACUGGGGGGCAAGAAGAAAAGCCUUUUAGAGGCCUGUUUCAGGAGUGUCUUCUUGCUUCCUCCUAAAACAGACAUGCAGGGCCUAGACAAUUUCCUCUACUUUAAGACCCUGGAUGCCAUGGACAUCCUGCUUAAGAGCUUGGUGCUCAGCUCCCCUGGCUUCAAGGACCUGAGGAUUAUCUUGCAGAUGCUGCUGCCUUUCACCGACACUAAGAAUGCAGCUGCAUGUGAAAGGGCUGUGGUCAGGAUUGGGAAGCUGGUCGAUUUGAUGGACAGCUCUUCCUCGGUGCAGGUAAGGAGGCAGGCACCCUCCAGCCAGGCUGUCUCCCAUUCCCUGCCCACCGUGGGCAGCAGCCUGCAGCUCGAGAUGCCUGAGGCAUUCAGCACGGCUCUGCCCUGGGCGAGGGUCUCGGCUUCUUUCUUUUUCCCCCAGUCUUUCCUCCCCAGCACCCUUUCUUCCAGAAGCCAGUCCUGUGUGACAUCACCAGAGGAUGAUCUAAAGCAUCCCCAGUGUGGAGGCGAAAGGAAAGCUGGGAAACCCUCCUGGCUUUCCGUGUGCAGCGCCAGGAGCAUUGUAAAGGUAAUGAGCUUCUCCCUUGCUGGGCCUUGUCCAGGGCAUCAGCAGGAGACUGGUGUGAGCAAAGGGGUCCAGAACGAGCAGGCUUGGCAUGGUCUCACUGUCCCUGGUGAGAGGGCUGCUGCUGCUCUGGAGCAGGGACUCCAGAGGGCUGCACCCCGGUGUCCCAGCAGCAGCUCCAGCUCUCCUGGCCACCAGGAAGCCCUGCUUCUCUGUAGGGUCAGCACACCGUGCCCACGGCCCCAGCCCUCCUCCCUCACCCUGGGCCCCUCUCUUCUCAUCCUCCACCCUGCAGCGACUGCAGCCCCUGCUGCCAGCUUUCCUGUGGGUACUCUCGCCAGAGCUGCUCUCGCUGCUCAGCUGAGCAGCACUAUCAGGGCACUCGGUGUGAAGACGCCUUCCCUGCCUUCCUUCCUCCCGCAGGCAUUUGGGGAAGACCUCCGACCCCCUGAUAAGACGGUCAUCCUUGUCAAGGCCAUCGAGGCCAUGAGAGACUCAUGCACAUGCGACAAGGAGGAACUGAUCAGCAUUGUGGAUGUGGCCAUGACAGAACCUGCCUCCUGGCUGACGGAGGUGCCAAUCAUCGUUAGCUGCAUCUAUAACAACCUGGAGCACGUCAACACACCGUCAGUCUGGCACACCCUGGACAUGCUGCUUCUAAUGAUGGCAGAGCAGCGGCCAGGGGAUGUGAUCGGGCGACUCGUGCGUCUCUCUCCAGCAUGGGACAGGUACUGA